CCCUUCCCAGAUGGAAUAGUCAGGAAAAGAGAAAAUAUCGCUCGUACGACCACCUCCAGAUCCACAAGUUAGUUUACUGGAGAAGAUGUCUGGCGUUGGGAUCGGGAUCGGGUAAGCCUAUGCGAUCGGGGCAAAAUCACCUCAACCCUCCGUCCCGACCAUCGCUUGCGCAUAAGUCGGACUGCCCGAGUACCAAGCUGUAUGAGAAACCAUUAAAUGCCAUGUCUCAAGCACACGGUCUAGAGCCUACCAAAAAGGAAACGACCUUUACACAUCCCCUGCUCUAUGAAACCACCUCGCCAGACGCUUUAGUCGACUUUGAUGGUCAGGAAGACCCGUACCGUCCCGUCAACUGGCCCUUUCGAAAGAAGGCCACGACGACGAUCCUAUACGGAAUGACCACAUGCUGGAUCACCUUCGCGUCAGCCAUCUAUUCAGCGGGCCUGCAGCAGAUUGCGCAUGAGUUCGGUGUCUCCACAGAAGUAUCCACUGCAGGAAUCAGCUUGCUCGUCUUUGGCCUCGGGCUGGGCCCGUUGAUCUGGGCACCGUUGAGCGAGAUCUAUGGGCGGAAAAUAGUGGCUAUCGUGCCUUAUUUCAUCGCCGGAAUAUUUUCGUUUGGGACAGCAACAGCUAAGGACAUCCAGACCCUGCUGAUCACCCGGUUCUUCUCUGGAUUUUUCGGCAGCUCUAGUGUGGCGAUAACGGGCGGUGCGAUGGCGGACAUCUGGAAGCCAGAGCACCGCGGGGUGGCUAUCGUCGUUUAUUCACUCACUCUCGUCGGCGGGCCCUGUCUAGGACCCAUCAUUGGUGGAGCGUUGACCUCCAGCUAUCUUCGUUGGCGCUGGACAGAAUACCUGACGGGUAUCAUGAUGAUGGCUCAGUUUGUGCUGGACUUGUUUCUCCUUGAGGAGAGCUAUGCGCCCGCCUUGUUGGUUCGAAAGGCACGCCAACUGCGGCUGGAAGGCAAUAAUUGGGCCUUGCAUGCGAAGCACGAGGAAUGGGACGUGUCCAUCUCUGAGAUGUCGCAGAAAUAUCUGAUUCGCCCCUUCCAGACCUUGGGCACCCCCAUAGGCCUGCUCAUGUCGUCCUACGGGGCUUUCGUUUACGCGAUCCUCUAUGUCAACCUUGAAAGCUUCGCGAUUGAAUUUCAAGAGAUUCGCGGCUGGGGGCCGGUUACCGGGAGCCUUCCUUUCAUUGCCCUUCUCAUCGGAAUCUGCUUGGCCGCCUUGUUCAACGUUUAUAACAACCAGUAUUAUUUCAAGAAACUGCGUGAGAACAAUGGCAAGCCCGUGCCCGAAGCCAGACUGCCGCCGAUGAUGGUUGGCGGGUUAGUAUUCACUGGAGGCUUAUUUCUCUUCGGAUGGACCUCAUCGCCCACAAUCAACUAUUGGCCGUCGUUAAUCGGCAUCGCAUUCACCGGGUUCGGGUUCACCACCAUUUUUCAAAGCUCGAUGAACUACCUGGUCGACACUUUUCUUCGCUUCAGCGCCAGCGCUAUCGCCGCCACCACUCUGCUGCGAUCCAUCCUGGCAGGGGCCUUCCCGCUUUUCGUGAAGCCAAUGAUUCGCAACAUAGGGGUAGACUGGGGCAUCACAGUGUUUGGCUGCAUUGCUGCAGUCUUGAUUCCAGUGCCGUUUCUUUUCUUUGCGUGGGGACGGAGGAUCCGUGCAAAGAGUCGGUGGAGCAGCCAUUCUGUGUGAUGUAGAUCCUUAAGCCAUCUCUACCUCCCUCGUCUGCUUCUUCUGGUCUGCUAUCUGGUGUAUGUGAUGUAACUCAUCCGCUUCGGUUGACUACCCUGUGAUUUC